AUGAUAUUAAUUGUUUUGUGCGCUCUUCUGGUGGUGUCGACCGUCUGUUACGGCGCCGCCAUUCAGUCCGAUGUCGUUCCCGAAGGAGAUCUGGGAGUGAAUGAGAUCCAGAAGGACCAGGAAUGCAAUCGCGGAGUGACCACAAGUGGCGAUGGAUCCAGUGGUGAUAAUGGUGGAACUCAAAACAGUCAGGGAAGAAAUCGGGGCGCAAAUCGGGGUGCAAAUCGUAGCCGCAAUUAUAAUGGUUAA